AUGGGAGCUUAAUGCUGCACUUUACCAACUAAAUUAACUGUUUAUGAAAUAGAUAUAGACAGUCAAAAGUUAAGAGGAAGUGUGCAUACUCAAACUAAAAGAUCUGUAAUUAAGAAGGAUUAAAAAAGUGAUGAAGAAAUAAUUAAUUAUCAAAAAGAAAACUACUAGGAUUUUGAAGUUCUUGGUUCUGGAUCCUUAGAUUUAAGAUAAAUGCAAGAUUAAAUACCUUGUUAGAAUAAAUUGUUGCAGAAACAAGAAAGCCAGAUAGAAUCAAGUAUGAUAGUAUUAUAGAUUUAUCGAAAUAGCAAUUCCAAGAAGUAAAUUUCAGAGAAAAAUAACAAACUCAUCAGUUGGUUCUGUAAAGUUGGGAGCAGAAGUGUUUAUCAAUCUAAAAUCCGGUAGCAUCCACAAAUAUUAUGAAACUGGGGAAAUCUUAGGACAAGGAGCAUAUGGAAAGGUUUGGAAGGUGACACAUAAAAAUACAGGUACUUUUCUAAUAGAUUGAUUUAGGCAUGAUAAGAGCGAUGAAAGAACUGAAAAAGAAAUCAAUAAUAAUUGAAGAGUAAUAAAGGUUAUUUGCAGAAAUGAACAUUUUAAAAAAUUUAGAUCAUCCACAUAUAGUGAAACUAUAUGAGUUAUAUUAAGAUCAACAUAACUAUUAUCUGAUAACAGAAUAUUUAUCGGGAGGGGAAUUGUUUGAUAGAAUAAAAGAAUUCAAUUAUUUUAGUGAAAGAAAAGCAGCUGAAUUGAUGAGACAAAUCUUAUCAGCAGUCGUCUAUUGUCAUCAAAGGAGCAUAGUUCAUAGAGAUCUUAAACCAGAGAACGUGCUUUUUGUUAAUGAUUCUUAAUUGUCUCCUAUCAAAAUUAUUGAUUUUGGAACUUCAAGAAAAUAUGAGUAAAACUAAAAAAUGACCAAGAAAUUAGGAACAGUAUUUAAAAUCAUCAAUAACUUUAGGCAUAUUAUAUAGCACCAGAGGUGUUAAAGUAAGAAUAUAAUGAAAAAUGCGAUGUCUGGUCUUGUGGGAUAAUAUUAUACAUUUUGUUAUGUGGAUAUCCUCCCUUUACUGGUAAAACAGAGGAAGAAAUAAUGCAAAAGGUAUGCGAGGGCGAAUUAAUAUUUGAGUGUAAGAUUUCAUUUUCGAAAUUAGAAUAGAGGAAGAUUGGGAAAUGAUAUCCACAGAAGUUAAAGAUCUCAUAAGAAAUAUGUUACAAGUAGAUCCCAAUAAGAGAUACUCAGCUUAAGAGGCUUUAUCGGAUCCAUGGAUCAAAAAGAACUAGUAAAGUACUAAAGUGAAUAAAACAGCAUUACAAAAUUUAUAAAAGUUCCAAGUACACAUUAGAUUAAUUUAGGCUUAAUCUGUCUUUACUUAAGCAGUGCUUGCAUACAUAGCUUGUCAAAUGACUUCUUAAUAGGAAUAAGAUGAAUUAGCCAAAUCAUUUUAAUUUUUAGAUAAAAAUGGAGAUGGAAUUCUAUCAAGAGAUGAAUUGAUAGAAGGAUAUACUUCUGUUUUUAAAAAUAAACAAUAAGCUAUAUUAGAAGUUGAUAAAAUUCUAUCAAUUGUAGAUAUAAAUCAAAGUGGGCAAGUAGAUUUUUCUGGUAAUUUAUUUUAUCUUAUUAUUUUCAGAAUUUUUGAUGGCUGCUAUGAACUAAGAGAAGUUAGUUUCAUUAGAAAAAGUCAAAGCUGCCUUCAAAAUUUUUGAUGCAAAUGAGGAUGGGAAAAUAUCAAAAAACGAACUUGAAAUGAUGAUAGGAACAGUAGAGGAUGAUAUCUGGUAACAAAUUUUAAUAGAAUGUGGUGCAUAAGGAGAAAUUACGGAAUAGCAAUUUAUAAAUAUCCUGCUGCAUUAAAAACACUGA